UCUUUGAUUCAGAAUCUUGAUUCCCACUUCAUAUUACAGCUUCUUGAUCUGGCUUUAGUUGGUUGUCCUGUUUCUACUCUGUUCCCUUAGAGAGCUCUUUUCUUGUUGGUCUACUAGAAUGACAUAUAAAGUUUUGGCAUUUGGAGUUUGUGAGGAAUACUAGUGAGAAGCUGGACUUUUUCUUGAUCAUCUGAUCCAAUUCUUGUUUAUUUUUUUCCUCAAUUUAUAUUUAAUGGGAGAAGAUCAAGAAGUGAAACAUGUGUGCAAGUUGUGUAACAAAAGAUUCCCAUGUGGUAGAUCUUUGGGGGGUCACAUGAGGUCUCAUUUGAUCAAUGAAAAGCAUAGCAAAAAGAAGCAGCUUGAUUCUAUCAGGAAUGGUGAUUUUAGUGAAGGUGUUUAUGUGCUGAGGGAGAAUCCCAAGAAGACUUCAAAGGUAAGUGAAGAUACUUUGCUUACCAAUGAGAAGAGAAUUUGCAAAGAAUGUGGAAAAGGCUUCCUAUCUUGGAAAGCCUUAUUUGGCCACAUGAAGUGCCACUCAACAAGAAUCUCAUCAAAGAACAGUGUGGAAGAAGAUUCUUGGAAUACCCAAUCUGAUAGUAAUAAGAAGAAAAGAUCAACAUCAACAAGGAUCAUGAAAAGGUACAUGGCUGCUGCUACAACUUCCUCCACUUUAACUGUUUCUACUAAUAACUCCGAGCAAGAAGAGGAAGUUGCUAUGAGUUUGAUAAUGCUCUCAAGAGAUGUAGCAAAUUGGGUUCCUCUAAAUGAGUGUUCUGAUGCUAAUUCUCAGUUUCUGCAAACUCAAUCACAUAUACUAACUCAUCAAAAGAAGAGCUCCAACUCUAUGGAUGGUGAAUUUGUCAAACUGAAGAAUGUCAGAAAUGGGAAGGCAGAGCAAAAUAUUAGAGCUUCUGGGAUUCCAAAAGAAGUUCCAACUGAUAAAUUUCUUGGAGAUAACAAAGAGAAAGAGACAAUUGUAGAUAAUGGAUAUAGAACUGAAGUUGAAUUUCCCAACAAGUUAGUCAAGUUAAAGAUUGAUUCUGAUCAGAAAGAAAAUUAUAGCAAGAAAAGGAGCUUUGAAAAAAAUGUUUAUGAUUGUGAGCAGAAAUUCAAAUUCGAGUGUACUAGUUGCAAAAAGACAUUCCACUCUUACCAAGCUCUUGGAGGUCACAAAGCCGGCCACAAAAAGCUUAAAGGCUGUGAAAACAGUAAUAUUAGCAUUGUACACUUGCAAAAUCAAGCUGCUGACAGCAAGCUUAUCAAGAAUUUCAGCAAUGAUACUACUAUCGAUGAAUCGGGGGAAAAAGUUGAGGCAAAUUGUGUUACCACGAAGCAAAAGGGGCAUGAGUGCCCAAUUUGCUUCAAGAUUUUCCAAUCAGGCCAAGCUUUAGGUGGUCAUAAGAGAUCCCACUUGAUUGCUGAAGCCAAAAACAACGGUAUUCGAGCAGUUGAAAUACAUAAGCCAAUACCAGAAAUCAGAGACUUCCUGGAUCUCAACCUGCCUGCUCCUGUUGAAGAAGAGCAUAUUGAGUUCCAGCCAUGGUGGAUUGGAAGCAGCCAUAAACAUGAUCAACUAGUUGGCCUACUAUCUUAACUCAUCCAAGUGUAUAGAUUUAUUAAUUCUUUACAUAAUUGAAGUGUUCAAUUCACCAUUUAGCUCCAUUAGCUUCUAAGCACCAUUCUACAUCUUUUAUCCAUUUUUAGUUAGAGAAUGAAAAUCUUAUCUUUACUAGAUAAAAGCUUCUUUUAAAUACAUUUUAACUUCUACUUGAA